AUGGCUCGUAGAGGUAGCACCAAUGAAGGCGUUAUUGCACCCGACAGUUCGACUCGUAUGGGCAUAAAUCACGGAGUGCUGUCAAAAACUGUUGUACGCGAACUGCUUGAGUGCCCUAUUUGUAUGAACAUAAUGUAUCCUCCAAUUCACCAGUGUUCAAAUGGCCACACUUUGUGCUCUAAGUGCAAGUCCAAAGUGCGUUCUUGCCCAAUUUGCCGUCAAGAACUUGGGAACAUAAGAUGCCUCGCGUUGGAGAGAGUUGCACAAUCUCUAGAAGUGCCGUGCAGAUACGAGUCUCUCGGUUGUCAUGAUAUAUUUCCAUACAAAAGCAGGUUUAGGCAUGAAAAGAGUUGCCAAUUUCGUCCAUACAAUUGCCCUUAUGCUGGAGUUGAAUGCCCUAUCGAUGGUAAUAUCCUAUUUCUUGUACAACAUCUAAAGAAUUAUCAUCAGGUUGAUAUGCAUGACGGGAGUACUUUUAACCACCGGUACGUCAUGACCGAUGCUCAAGGUGUUGAAAAUGCUACAUGGAUGUUGACUCUGUUCAACUGUUUCGGUUACCAUUUUUGUUUGCACUUUGAGGCUUUCAAUCUGCAAAGGGCUCCCGUUUAUAUGGCAUUCAUUCAUUUCAUGGGUGAGGAGCAUGAUGCAAAAAAAUUCAAUUAUAGCUUGGAAGUUGGAGGAAAUGAUAGAAAGCUGACAUGGCAAGGAGUCCCAAGGAGCAUUCGUGAUAGUCGUGCUACAGUUCGAGAAAGCUUGGAUGGAUUAAUCAUUCAUAGAAACAUGGCACUCUUUUUCUCUGAAGGUAAUAUCCAGGAGCUAAAGCUAAACGUGACUGGGCGUAUAUGGGAAAUACAGUCGUAA